AUGAGUAGAGCUCGAACUUGCCUGUAUUUAUCACGAGUCUGCAAACUCGACAUUGCGGCUUUGAAUCGGGUCAACCACUCGACAGAUGAUCUUUCGACAAAUGGAAUUUUGAAACAAUCGACAUGUGGGAAGGCGCAAGGCUUGGGAGAUGCUCAAGUUCGCAGAUGGUUAUUCAAUGAUGGAAUUCUUAUGGGCUGA